UUGAUUAUUGGGCUUUACGUUCAACGUUGAUUAUUGGGCUCUUCAAUUGCCCCCGGAUGAUUAAUUUCCCUCAUCCGUGUAAAAUGGGUGGCUACGGGACCUAGUCUGAAACAUUUCUUCGGAAAUACUUCGGAGGCUGUCGUGGCAGCUGUCCCGUAGUUAUCGGGUCUCCACCGUCCUGCGCUCUGUAAGUACCUUUCUCCCAGCGUUCCGUUUUCUCCGUUCUGCCGUCAGUUUGUAACCCACAGUUGCCAUGACGUGGACAUGCCCCGCCUGUCAUCUUAUCUGCAAACGCCAGGGCAGCCAUUUCGGCAGCGGAAACUGCCUCGAGCGCCAGGCGCAGGGAUAUGGCCGCGCCGAUGGGCCUUCCCAAUCGCAUGCCCACAACCUACCUCCGCCUGCAGCUGGGACGUCUCCUCUACCUUUCAUACCGACCAGAAAGAAAAUCAUGCGGCGCAUACCGAAAGCAGCCCGGGCUCCCGUCGCAAUGGCAUUCACAAAGCUAAUGCGGAGCGCCACAUCUGCCAAUGAUUCUCAGUCAUGGAUGAAGCUGCUAUCCGCUCCCUCAGCGAUCCUUUCUUCCAGGAGACAACAAACAUUCACGGAAAACAUCCCUCACCUCCUAUAUCCGUGAUCGGAUCGCUAAAUUCGAAAGCGGAGAGCUCGAUAGUGAAGAGCCCGUCGCCCCAAAGAACCAUCGGCGCGCUACCCCCGAGGACGAGAUUCCCCGUCGCGUUGGCAUGCAGAUCGACGACUUCAACGUCAGCGGGGCCGUACGCACUCUCCUUUCGUCGGAUUCUGUAGCCAGCCCAACCCCAGAGGUGAUAGAGAGCAUGCAGCGCAAACACCCAGCAGCUCCAUUACCCACUGCCCCCAACGAUCCUCCGGCCAUGACAUUUGUCCCGCUCACUCCCGCGGAAGUCCUGUCAGUUUUGGAGAGCAUGCCACGUGGUAGUGCAGGUGGCCUUGAUUUUCUGCGCCCGCAGCACCUGUUGGACCUGAUCGGUGCAAGAAUGAAUGACGCUGCAUCUGACCUGUGCGAUUCACUUACGGACUUGUUGAAUCUCCUACUAACGGGCAAAAUUCCCUCUGAUAUGGUCCCCCUGCUUUGUGGCGCCCGGCUCGUCGCACUACGCAAAAAAGACGGAGGACUGCGCCCGAUUGCUGUUGGGAAUGUGUAUCGUCGCAUUGCCGCUAAGGCGGUGGAUAUCCGCAUCCGGCCAAUUACAUCGGAGUUCCUCCAACCACAUCAGCUUGGGUCAGGUGUAAAGAGGGGCGUCGAAGGCAUCAUCCACGCGGCAAGAGACUUUCUCCUCCAGUACAGUAAUGACGUUAAAGUCCUACUCAAAAUCGACUUCACCAACGCUUUCAACUGCAUCUCACGCGAGGAAGUAUUAAAGAUAUCAGCUGAAGUUAUUCCAGAGUAUUAUCCCUUCAUUAAAAUGUGUUACGGGUCAUGUUCUUUGCUGUUUUUGGGAGAAACAGUAAUUUCCUCCCAGUCUGGCGUGCAGCAAGGAGAUCCACUCGGCCCAGCCUUAUUUUGUUUGGUACUGCAGUGUGUCGUUGACAUAUUGGAUGUCGAUUUGAACGCCUGGUAUAUGGAUGAUGGGACACUGGGAGAUAAACCAGCGAAAGUGAUCAGCAUUUUCCAACAACUAAUAUUAGAAGCUGCGAAGAUUGGCCUGACUGUUAACAUCGCGAAAUGCGAAGUGUUUUUGUGCGGUGGUACUGAAGCAGAAAGAGUAACGGCCGCCAGCGACUUCACCAGUCUGUUCCCUGGCAUUGCCAUUGUAUCAGCAGAUAAACUUACACUCCUCGGAUCCCCGCUUCUACCAGCCGCCGUAAUCCCGACGAUCGACGAAAAGAUCAGGCAGCUGGAGAUCAUGUGCGGCCGCCUGCAGCUGAUUCCUAAGCACCAUGCGCUGUUCUUGCUGAAGAAUUGCUUAGGAGUCCCGAAAAUAGUGCACAUUUUACGCACCUCUCCAGCCUGGAUGUUUCCCAGCGAGUUGUACAGACUGGAUCAGGUGUUCCGCGACGCAAUAGAAUCCAUCACUAACGUACGGAUGGACUAUCCGACGUGGCUCCAGGCGUCCCUUCCCGUUCGUCUAGGCGGUUUGGGGAUCAGACGCACCGAGAAGCUAGCUCCCUCUGCUUAUCUGGCAUCGGCUUCCUCGUUGCACCCACUGAUCUCCAAGCUGUGUCCGACGCUUAAGCCAACGGAUGUAACCGUAGCCACUCGUGCCUGGAAGGUUAUCGCCAACACAGACGAUCUCCCGGCGGAAGCACUGCGACACGUUCAGAAGGCCUGGGACACACCUACGACGCUACACGCAUUUUCUAGGCUGACCUCAUUGCGCACCACAAAGGAUGAGGUCGCUCACCUGAAGGCUGUUUCAGUCCCGGAAUCCGGCGUAUGGAUCCAUGCACUGCCCGCAGCAAGCCUCGGUAAUCUGCUGGAAAAUAAUGCUCUCCGCAUCAGCGUUACGUUGCGUUUGGGUGCACCAAUUGUAUCCCCGCACGUGUGCGUGUGCGGUGGAUCGGUCGACGAAUUAGGCCGGCACGGACUCCGUUGCAAACGAUCUGCCGGACGGCUGCCACGACACGACGGUAUCAGUGGGGAGCUCACCCUAGGACUAAAGACAGCCGGUUUCCCAGCCAGAAUGGAGCCGAAAGGUCUUUCAGCGAAGGAUCGCAAAAGGCCGGAUGUGAUCACACUCGUACCAUGGGAACGCGGAAAGCCGCUGGCCGUCGACGUGACUUGCGUGGACACACUUGCAGCCUCUUAUAUCGAUCGCACCUAAGUGAAUGCCGGGGCCGCAGCUGAACAUGCAGAAAGAGCGAAACUGACGAAACACAGCUGGCUGCAGCCACGGUAUAACUUCAUGGCGGCAGCAUUCGAAAUUUACGGACCGUGGGGAGAUGGAACAAAAAGGCUUGUGGAUAAGGUUGGAAGCGGUAUGGCCACCGCCACAGGCCAGAAACGUGCGAAAGAGUUUUUUAGACAGCGACUCUCUAUCCAGAUACAACGGGGGAAUGCGAUUUGUGUAAUGGGUACAAUUCCCGAUCAGGAUAGCAUUGAGGAAGUGUUUCUGUUAUGAGAUUAAUGUUUUCUAGUACUAAGUUUGUACUUGUGACA